AUGUAUUACGGGAUGGGUAACUGGAAAAGAUGGCUUCCUUUCUACGGCCCAGUAUCUGUGCAAGAGGUCAAGUUUCAAUUCGUCAGGGCAAAGGGCCGAGAUGGCUUGUAUGAGAUACGCGUCACCCCGGUUGACAUUGAGCAGGUCGAGAAAGUAGCAGACCGCAAAAUUGAAUUGAAUAAGGAAUGCUUAGCCAAUGCUUUAAUUACUGGAGAAUACUGUUCUGAUCUCUAUCAUCACCCGGAUUGCCCGGCAUCUAUCCCCGAGGACCUCUUCGGUCCUCAGACAUGCAUCUUGGACCAGGCAGGCGAAGCGGAUGUGCGAAAAUCCAAACUCAAUCAACUACAUCUUCUAAAGGAAUGUGCUCGAAACCCGCCAAUGGCUAACGGGGUAAAAGCAUUGGAUGGAAUGGCGCAAGAUAGUUGUAUCUACAACACGAAUCUAACGGUUGUCUGA